AUGGCGGCAGCGCCCUGCGACGGAGCUCCGCCCCAGGCGCCGGUGGCGGUGGUGUCCCCGCAGUUCUGCGCGCCGCACGCGGUGCCGCUGACGGUGGUCAAGAAGGCCAUCAGCCUCUCCGGCGGGGACUUCGUCGCCACCGACGCCAACGGCGCCGAGAUGCUCCGGGUGAAGGGCGCCGUCUUCAGCAUCCACGAUCGCCGCGUCCUCCGCGACGCCGCCGGCCAGCCCCUCGUCGCCAUGCGGGAGAAGGUAUUUAGCAUGCACAACAGAUGGGAGGUGUUCAGAGGGGACAGCACGGGCACAAGCGACCUGCUCUUCACUGUGAAGAAAGCUUCAGUGUUCCAGCUGAAGACAGAUGUGGAUGUCUUCCUGGCCGGGAACGCCGCGCAGCAAGCCUGCGACUUCAAGAUCAAGGGCAGCUACUUCGAGAGAUCAUGCGGCUUGUACCUCGGCAACUCCGACACCAUGAUCGCUCAAAUCAACCGCAAGUACACGGCCUCAAACGUGGUGCUCGGGAAGGACACCUUCGUUGUCACCGUGUUCCCCCACGUCGACUACGUGUUCAUCGCGGCUCUUGUUGUGAUCCUGGAUGAGAUUCACAAGGAGCGAUUCGACUGAUGGUCGACAAUGCCGAUCACAAGCUUCCAUCGUUCAACUGUGUUAACAAUGGAAGUGUGCUUAUCGUGGGGUGUCAUGCAAUGUCCUUAUUUUCGUCAAAAAUACUGUUACCGUUUUACCAUCUCCAUACAAAAUUGUUUUUUUCUUUUUAGAAAACAAAGAUGUACCAUUUCAGUACAAAUUGUAAUGCUAAAUCCAAAAAUAUCUGGUAUUCUGGCAUCA